AUGGAUGUUCCAAACCAUGAAGUGGAGGGCAAUGUAGACGUAGAAAUUAGGGCCGAAAGCAGCCCCAACCCCAAAGACGGCCUGGAUAGCCAGGUUAAAGAGAAUGAUGAUCCUGUGACUUGCUUCAGCGGGGCUCAGAACAAUGGGCAGCUGGUUCCUCGAGGUGGGCGGGCUGUGGCUGAGCGGCGGCAGUUUUGUCAGUGGCCCUGUAAAUGUCGGGAAAGACCCCAUUGUGCCCCGGGAGUGAGCUCUGUCCUGGACGGGUGUGGCUGCUGCAAGAGCUGUGCCAGGCAGAUCAGAGAGCCGUGCAACGAGAGGGACGUCUGCGACCCACACAAGAGCAUGUACUGCGACUUCUCAGCUGACCAGCCAAGAUACGAGGUCGGAGUGUGUGCAUACAUGAUGGCAGUCGGCUGUGACCUCAAUGGGGCCCACUAUGAGAACGGAGAAGGUUUCCAGCCCAGCCCCCUCUAUAAGUGCACAUGUAUUGCUGGAGCCAUCGGCUGUACCCCUGCUUUCACCCAGAAGCCUGCCGCUCUCUUGGGCCCCGCCCCGCUGAUGGGCAACAUGCCAGCAGGCCUUCGUAGUGGCCAGAGCCCAAAGAAGCACCAGCAGGAUACUACGUACAUGUCAGCUUACAGGGAUCCUCCUUUAGCCUGGAAGAAGAACUGUCUGAUCCAGACCACCCCCUGGAGCCCCUGCUCCAAAACGUGCGGCCUGGGCAUCUCUGUGCGUGUCGACAACGACAACAGCAAAUGUGAGAUGAGGAAGGAUCGACGCCUGUGUCUGCUGCGGCCGUGUGAGAAGAGCGUGAUGAAGAGUGUCAAGGCGACAAAGGGAAAGACAUGCCAGCCGAAAUUUCAAGCAAAGAAAGCAGAGAAGCUGACACUCUCGGGCUGUACUAGUACCAAGAAGUUUAAGCCCACGUACUGCGGUGUCUGUACAGACAAGCGCUGCUGUGUCCCCAACAAGUCACGCAUGAUCAAGGUCAACUUCACGUGCAAGGGAGGCUCCAACACACAGUGGAAGAUGCAGUGGAUAACAUCCUGCGUGUGCCAGAGGAAGUGCAAUGAUCCAGGUGACAUGUUUUCUGACCUGCGGUUACUCUAACCGAUGGAUCCAUCCAAGAAGUCCAGAAACACAAAUGCAGGAUAUGAGCUCCGCUGUGGCAGACUAAAGACUGAAAUAUAUGCAAACUUUUAUAUAUUCAAACAUUUAGUUCUCCUCAGCAGUGGUGUGUGCCUCACAAAAUAUCAAAAAAGACCAAGUCAAACUGAAACUACAAAAAGAAGAAAGGCUGGAUCAUUGAAUAAAUAAGUUUUAGUUCAUAUUUAUGAACCCUGUUUUCAGGACAUGUGGAAUAACACCACGAUAUAUGUCCAGUAGCUGUAGCAGCGGACGUUGACACAUUAACAGUACCUCAUAAUGUUAUGGUCAGGGAGCCAGAUCAGGUCACACAACUCUUACAUUCUUUUUACAUGAUGUUCCUGCUUAUUGUUUUCAGAUAGACGUUUUUAAAUCAGGUCAUACAUUAGAAAAUGUUGAUAUAUAACUUAUAAAGGUAUAUACAAAG